AUGGCCGAUCACAAAAUGGUCUGCAAAUUGGAUAGAGAAAUUGUAUUGGAAUCUGUUAAACAAAAUGGAUAUGCAUUUAAAUAUGCCGAUGAGUUAUUGAAAAAAGAUGAAGAGUUUAUAUUGGAAGUUGUUAAACAAGAUGGAUUGGCAAUUAAACAUGCUGAUUCAUCAUUACAAAAAGAUAGAGAAAUUGUAUUGGAAGCUGUUAAACAAAAUGUAUAUGCACUUAAAUAUGCAGAUUCAUCAUUGAAAAAAGAUAGAGAAAUUAUAUUGAAAUCUGUUAAGAAAAAUGGAUUGACACUUGAAUUUACUGAUUCAUCAUUGAAGAAAGAUAGAGAAAUUGUAUCGGAAGCUGUUAAACAACAUGGAUUGGCAAUUGAGUUUGCUGAUUCAUCAUUUAAAAAAGAUAGAGAAAUUGUAUUGGAAGCUGUUAAGCAAAAUGUGUAUGCAAUUGAAUUUGCUGAUUCAUCAUUGAAGAAAGAUAGACAAUUUGUACUAGAAGCUGUUACGAAAAAUGGAUUAGUACUUGAAUAUGCUGAUUCAUCAUUGAAGAAAGAUAGAGAAUUUGUAUUAGAAUCUGUUACGAAAAAUGGAUAUGCAUUUCAAUAUGCUGUUUCAUCAUUUAAAAAAGAUAGAGAAAUUGUAUUGGAAGCUGUUAAACAAAAUGGAGCAGCGCUUAAAUAUGCUGAUGAAUCAGUUAAGGGAGACAGAGAAAUUGUAUUGGAAGCUGUUAAACAAAAUGGAUUGGCAUUUAAAUAUAUUUAUUCAUCAUUGAAAAAAAAUAGAGAAAUUAUAUUGGAAGCUGUUAAACAAAAUGGAUCAGCACUUAAACAUGCUGAUUCAUUUUUGAAGAAAGAUAGAGAAAUUGUAUCGGAAGCUGUUAAACAAAAUGGAUUGGCACUUCAGUUUGCUGAUUCAUCAUUUAAAAAAGAUAGAGAAAUUGUAUUGGAAUCUGUUAAAAAAAAUGGAUCAGCACUUGAAUAUGCUGAUUCAUCAUUUAAAAAAGAUAGAGAAUUUAUUUAUUUGCUAUUUAAAUUGAACAAAGAAAAUGCAAGAAACUUCUCACCAUCUAUAUCCAAAACCAUUGAAGAAUGCUUAAAUAUUCAGAGAAAGCUGUCAAGCAAUAUAACUGAACAAUACUCCAAAAUAUUUAUGGAUGAAAAGGAUUUAUAUUAUGCUAUUGAAUUAACAAGUCUCUUUAAUCCAACACCAAAAGGUACAAUAUUCAAUUUCAAUUCUAUCUAUACACCAAUAUUUAUUGAAAAAUUGAUUAUUUUUCAAAUAUUGAAACAAAUGAACCAUUCAGAAUUGUCUAAUGAUAUUAUUGCUCUUAUUGAUUUACAAAGUACCAAAGCUAACUAUUAUUUAUAUUGUUUCAGAUUGGACAAAUUUCUUGAAGAUAAUCCCUGUCAAUCAACAAGAAUGAAAGAUUUGAAGAAUAUUGUGGAACAAGUUGCAACAAACUUUGAAACGUCAUUUUAUACAAAACAGGAAAUUAAUGAAAUUAUGAUUUUUGCCAACAAGUGGUUUGAAAAUGAGCAAACAUUUGAAAAUUACAAACAAAUAAUUUGUAAAUAUAAUGAGCUGAGAGGAGAUUUAUCAAAAGUAUUCAAAUCUCUUAAUUAUUUCUAUAAUUAUUUCAAAAAUGAUUAUGAUUUCAUUUCAGUAUUAGGAUAUGGAGGUGAAGGUGUUGCAUUCAAAGUAUUUCAUAAAAGUAGUAAAUCAUUAAGGGCUUUAAAAUUGAAAUAUGACCCAGAGGAAUCUGAAGAAUCAACAAAAGAAACCAUUAAUUUAUUGAAAAGAACAGACAUUGAAGGAAAGAUCAAAUGUUUUGAUUGUGAAAUUAUUCAAAAUCAUUUAUAUUCAGUGAUGGAACUUGGAGAGGAAUCAUUAUCAAAUUACAUUUCAAGAAAUAAUGAAAGUGAAAUUUAUAGAAAUGGAUUCAUUAUUAAGGAAAAACUAAUUGAAAUUCUUGAUAUAUUUAUCAAAGUAUUGAACUCAGUUCAAUCAAUUCAUGAUCACAAUAUUUUACACAGAGAUUUAGAUCCUCAAAAUAUUGUCAAAGUUCAAGAUUUAUACAAAAUUAUUGAUUUUGAAACAUCAAGAGUGAUCAAGACAGGUAAUUCAAUUACAAUUGCUCGUGGAAAGUUUGCAUACAUGUCUCCUGAAGUUUCACAUGAUAAUUAUUCUGAUGAUUUAUUGAAAAGUGGUAAUGAUGAAAAGCUUGCUCACAAUGUUGGACAAAUUACCAUUUCAUGUGAUAUAUUUUCAUUGGGAUGUAUUUUGUUGAAAUUAUUAACCAAUUGUCCUUUGCAACUAUGUUCAACAUUUCUGAAUGAUUCAGAUGUCUCUAAAUAUAAUGAUAAUUACUUGUAUUUUAGUGGACAUGGAAAAUAUUUCUAUACAGUUGUGACAACAACAGAGGGAGAAAUGAAAUUACAUUAUGCAAUUGAAAAACUAAUCAAUGAAACAAUUAAUCCAGAUUUAGGAGUGAAUAACAUAUUGAUUAGAAGCAUUAUUAGCAUGAUUCAAAGAGAUUCAUCAAAAAGAUUGGAUUGUUAUUCUCACAAGUUAACAAUUGAGAAUAUUUUGAAAUUUUUGAAAGGAGAAAUCAAAGAUAUCACUUUCAAUAUUGAAAAACAAGUUGGAGAAUUGAAGAAAAUAUCACCAUUAAGAAGUUACUCUCAACUUGUAGAGGAAAAUACCAAACUAUUAGAAAGAAUUAAAUUAUUGGAAGAGAACUCUUUAUUGGAACGAAUUAAAAUGUUGGAAGAGGAAAUAAUAAAUCUAAAAACAGACCAAUAAGUGAUAAAUAUUAAAAAACGAAAGUAAAUGCAAGAGAGUUUCCCACACAUUCAUACUUCUUGCUAGAGAUGCUUCCAAAAAGCCCAAUUUUAUCCUAAACCAUAAAUCUGUGAAAUUCUCUGAAAAUUUACAAAAUUUAUUACAUUCAUUUUUCACAGAUUGAUUGGUGGCAUGUCCAACUAGGUGUCUCUUCCUUCAUUUCUUCCCCGUUACGUUGCACGGAUUGAGGGGGGUUCUGGUCAACCUUACUUAAGAAAAUGAUCAACCAAAUACUAAACAAAACCAAACACAUAAACAAAAUUAUUCGUCCG